AUGGGCUUCCCUGUUGUUGGUGAGACAUUGCAGUUCUUCAAAGCAAGCCCAUCAAUUGACAUGCCAAGCUACUACAAGAGCAGACUGGAGAGGUAUGGGCCUCUCUUCAAGACCAGCCUGGUAGGGCAGCCCCUGGUGAUCUCCCUGGACCCAGAGGUGAACAGGUUCGUGUUCCAGCAGGAGGGCAAGCUGUUCCGGAGCUGGUACCCGGAGACCGCCAACCGGAUCUUCGGCAAGAGGAGCCUCACCACGUACAGCGGCGCCUUUCACAGGUUCAUCCGCAGCGUUUCGGCCAGGCUCUUCGGGCCUGAAAACCUGAAGGAAUCGCUCCUCCCUGAGCUGGAGAGCUCCAUGAGGGAGAGCUUCGCGUCAUGGGCGACUCAACCCAGCGUUGAGGUGCGGGAGGGCAUAUCUGACAUGAUCUUCGACCUCGUAGCGAAGAAGAUGAUUAGCCUCAACGUCGCCCAGUCAAGAGAAUUGAGAAAGAACUUUAACGAGUUCUUCCAGGGGAUGGUUUCUUUCCCAAUAUAUUUCCCAGGGACAUCUUUCUACAGAUGCAUGCAGGGUAGAAGAAAUGUGCGGAACACACUGGCUAAUUUGAUGAAGGAGAGGCUAAGUGCACCUGGAAAAAAGCAUGGCGACCUUGUUGACCUGAUUGUUCAAGAUCUACAGGGCGAAAAGCCAGUGAUUGAUGAAAAUUUUGCAAUAGAUGCACUUGCUGCUAUCUUGUUUACGAGCUAUGCAACACUAUCAUCGACGUUGACCGUGGCUUUGAAGUUCCUCACCGACAAUCCUAAAAUUGUUGAAGAGCUCAAGGAGGAGCACGAAACCAUACUAAAGAAACGAGAGGGUGUGACCUCCGGGUUCACAUGGGAGGAGUACAAGUCCUUAAAAUUCACUACGCAGGUUAUGAAUGAAAUUACUCGAAUUAGUAAUGUUGCACCUGGAGUUUUCAGGAAAACACUAACAGACGUCCAAGUCAACGGUUAUACAAUUCCAUCCGGUUGGUUAGUCAUGAUUAGCCCCAUGGCAGUUCAUCUAAACCCGAAACUGUUCGAGAAUCCACUCAAAUUCGAUCCAUGGAGGUGGACGGAGGAGAAAAGAAGCUCUCUGCUGAAGAACUACAUGCCAUUUGGAGGAGGCAUCAGGCUGUGUCUGGGUGCAGACUUCAGCAAGCUUUUCAUCUCUCUCUUCCUUCACAUCUUGGUGACAGAGUACAGAUGGAACGAGAUCGAAGGAGGGGAAGUAGUGCGCAUCUCAGAGAUUAUGUUUCCUCAAGGCUAUCACAUCCAGCUAGUUCCCCGGACUUAAACACGGCAGCUGUUCAUGUGUUCCAUGGCUGUAAAUCUGUAAUAAUGAUCAGGGUGUGAAUCCUUGUUGCAAACAUGGAAGUGUAAAAUCACCCAGUUAAUUAGUAUCUAUGUCUGUCAAGAAGUGUGUGUUAUUCGAAUAACAUAGGCAUGAAGAAACUAGGGCAUCUAGAGCUUCCUUCAGGCUUCAGCCUUAGGACCCUAGCCAACCCUUACAAAUGCAUUUCAUAUUUUUCAUAAUGGUCAUCUUCUAUUUAUAU